AUGAUGUAUCCUCAAGUCUUCAUUUCAGGCCUCAUACUGCUUCUCCCAGCUGCUGCGGAAUCCUUCCCAGAAGUGCAUGGAGUGGUGGGUCACCCUGUGACACUGCCGUGUACUUAUCCAGUGUCUAAUGGACUCUCACCCACGUGUUGGGGCCGAAUGGCAUGUUUUACUGAUAAAUGUAAAAAUGUUGUUAUCUUGACCAAUGGAUACUACGUCUACUAUGAGAGGAACAAUCGUUACCACUUAAAGGGGCAGCUUCUUCGAGGAAAUGUGUCCUUGACAAUAGAGAAUGUCACUGAGAGUGACAGUGGUCUCUACUGCUGUCGAGUGGAAAUGGCAGGAUGGAAUGGUGUACGGAGACUGACCAUCUCACUGCAAGUUCAACCAGGAAUUGAUCCAACACAGAACCCACCAAGGAUCAUGACUAAAGGCUUCUACAUUGGAAUCUCCAUUGCCUUGGUGCUUCUACUUCUUGUUAGCACAAUGGUUAUCACAACACCUAAUUCAGAGUCCAGUGGGUGA